AUCCUUUCGACCUUGAGGUGUCGCACGUCUUCGCAAGCUGUCAACAGCGCCUUUGGUGCGCCGGCUGCUGCAUGUCUCUGCGCUUUUGUCCCUUUCGCGUAUUCCGGGUUACACUGACGACUGAGGCUGACACAUGGCAGAUCUCUGCCGACUUUUAGACUUCUCGUCCGCCUUCAUGGCUGUCCUGAAUUACUAUAGAACCACCCCAUUCUGAUACCUCGAGGCGCCGCCAUCUUUCGCAAACCUCUCCGACCUCAGCGACGGUCGCUACCGAGCGGCAUCCCCGAAGACACAUCGGUAACGGCGUGGCUCCAAGAUGGACGAGCCACAGCCGCCUCCCCCACCGCCUCACGGCAAAAACCCAAAGACAUCUUCGGGCCCCAACGGUCUUCCUGCUGGAAAGUAUGAUGUCUUCAUCAUACCUGAACACUCUGCUGGUGCAGGUUUCCUCUACCUACCCUCCCUACAACCGCAAUGGAACAGCUUCUGUGCUGGUGUUGUCUCGACCCUCGCCGCACUACUGCUGGGGAAAGCACUAACUCCGGCGUUCCUAUCAUGGUGGCACAGCGGAAUCGGAACCGUUGGAAUGUCCAUCCUCUUGGUUGCCGUAGCGGUCGGGUCUUGGUCGCUCGGUCGAUCGUCGAGCAACGUAAAAUUGGGGUCGGGUAGCGAUUGGCACAAGACGACAGGCGAAUUCGGUGCCUCUGGAGCAUUCAAGACGGCACCUGCUAGCGAGGGUCCUAAGCCCACCCAAGAAGCGCCGCCCCGACCCCCAACGCCGCCGACCGAUCCUGAGACUCCGGCCGAUGAGUGGUCGCGUCCCUUGUGGAAGGAGAAAAAGGACCCUGAGCCUGAAUCACAUGUUGAACCCGAGCCGGAGUCGGAGCCCAAGGCCAAGCACAGGCCACAAUCUCCAACGCAAACUCGAUCGCACAAGAGACCGCAGUCUCCUACCCAGACUAGGUCCCACAAGAGACCACAGUCUCCGACCCAGACUCGAUCCCAUACUAAGUCGCAGUCCAAAUCCCACUUCAAAACUCAGGCAAGAUCACAGCCAAAACCCCAGCCACCGCCAGAGCCUGAGCUUCGUCCGGAAGAUGAUCCGGACUAUGAACAGGAGCCAGUGCCGGAACCGCCUAGACAGGAACCAGUCGACUCCCAAGAGCCUCCGCAUGGGCCUCCCACUCCUCUUGACCCUGAAAAUUCGACCAAGUCUGAAGUUUCCUCCAAAGGCGCCUGGGAAAAGGCAAGAGAGGAGACUAGGAGGCGAGAGGAGGAGCGUAAGGCACGGGAGGCCGAGCUCAAGAGGCGUGAGGAUGCGGCUCGCCGUCUGCGUGAGCUUCGGGAACGUGAUGCGCGUGAGCGCGAGAAACGGGAGAAGGAGGCCCGUGAGAGGGAAGAAAGAGAGAGGGAGCGCAAGGAGCAAGAGGCUCUGGAGAAAGAGCGCCUGGAGCGCGAGAUUAGGGAAAAGGUGGAGCGUGAACUGCGCCAAAAGGCCGAGUGGGAAGCCAAGGAACUCGCUGCUAUAGAAAAGGAGCGCCUGGCAAGAGAACGGGAGGGGAAAGAGCGAGAGCGCCAAAUCAAGCUCGAACAAGAAGCCCGUCAACGCGAGCGGGAACGACUCCUGCGCGAGCAGUUAACUCGUGAACGCGAGGCUAGGGAGCGUGAAGCCAAGGAACGCGAGGAAAAAGAACGCGAAGCCAAGGAGCGCGAACUACGAGAAGCCCGUGAGCGGGAGGAACUGAGACAAAAGGACGAGGCCAUAAGGCUUGAGGAGGAAAGGAAACGGCUUGAGAGGGACCGGCGAGAAGCAAAGGACCGUGAAAUUCGGGAAGCCAUAAUGCGAAGGGAACGGGAGGCUCGCGAAGCCCGCGAAGCACAAGAACAGAGGGAGCGGGAGGAGCGCCUUGAGCAGCUUCGACGGGAAGACGAGGAGAUGGAAAAGGAGAAGGAGAGGCUUGCGCGCAAGGAAACACCUUACGCUAUGCCAAAGGUUGGCGAGAAGACCAGCUUGUGGCCUAACGGUAGGCCGCCUUCCAUCGUCACACCUUCUGCCACUGCUUCGCAGACUUCUCAUGCUUCUACCGCCCGUACUUCGACCCCUCGCGCAUCGCCCGCGCCUCCCCAUUCUCCCACGAAAUCGCCUAACCCAGCGGCAGCGAGGACGGAAUCACCAAAGCCCGCAUCCCCCAGACCAGCGUCGAGUGCAACAGGCACUGCUGACGAGUACUCUUACCGGCCAUACGACAAACCUAAGAACCAUGCCGCAGCCCGGAAGAAGUCCGUCUCAGACUUCUCAGAAGACUCCUUUGCGCCCUCCGCUACCACGAACAAUACCAGUCCUCCACCCUCGAUGCGUGCGCCCUACCAUACGGAUGAUCCUGGCAAGAUUGUUAUUAAGGCAGUAUAUAACUUCGUCAACCAAUUCUCGAAGACCCCCGCUUCACAGCUCAUCUCCGGCGUAGGUACCGUCACUGACGGCCUGAUUCUGCGUAUUUCUACCGCUGGUCUCUUUGUAGACGACGACGUCCGCGGUGUAGCCCAGCGAGAAUGGGACAUCAAGGCUUGGACCCUCAAGCAAGUCGAGGUCUGGUGUCCCGUGUUGGCCGCCAGCUCUUCCAAUGGCACGGGCAUCGCCUCGGGCGCCAUCCCUCCGUCGCAUCCGCUCUUCAAGAUGAUGCCAACCAGCAGUGCGAUGCGGCGCGCGGCCGAGAAGGCCGCUACCAGAGCCUUCAACGGCGAAGAGGCCGUUGCAUACCUGAACGAAUUGGGCACGUGCUGCAGCACGACCUGCCGAUUGGGGCUGAACGCUAAUAGCUCGGGCUCUUCGGCUAUCGGAUCGGCUGCGUCACAGGACGCAGAGGGAUGGAAGUUCAGGGGACUCCAUCUUCUCAGAACGUCGAUUCGUGAUCAGGAAGGGAAGCGGUUCCUCUUCGUGGUCGGUGAAGAGGAAGCCUGGAAGAUUGUGAAGGGUCUUCAGUCGCUUCGGAGCGGUAGCCAGGCUCGGGCUGUCGCGGUUUCUGGCUUCAGUGGCAUCGAGGCAAAGGGCAUUCUCGAGACACUGGGUUGGGGUUAGUAUGUCCGGACCUAAAAUGUCUGAGUAAUGUUCAUAUCGGUUGGCGAAGAUGAUGAUUGAUGGGUUUGAUCUUGUAAUGUUCGGUUGCCUGUUUGUUGAGCGAUAUACCCAAAACUUUGGCUAGCAAGUUUCUGGUUGAGAAGAGGAGGGUAUUUGAGGGAGAGGAUGUAAUGAGUUACGAUGUUGUGUAUUUGUAUUUGGAAGGAAUGACGGAAUGAUGAUCAUGGGUCCAUUUCGUUGUAUUGGUUGCAUGACAACCACUGGCGCAUUCCAAUGACAUAAGACGGUACUUCAUGGCACAUUUGAUGUCUAAGU